GGUUCGGUAGUACAGCUUAACUUCCGGUCCAGAUGAUGAGGUCAGCGCCGCCUGGGUGGAAUGCUGUGGACCGAAAUUUUGACAACUGCAAGGCAAAGAGCAAAAUUAUGCAACGAAGAUCGUGACAAAUGAUCGCUUUCGGCUGGAAUGGAGAAGUUUUUGGAGUCGCCGAUAGACAGGUCCACAGACUAGGCAGGAGUAGAGCGAUCACUUUCAUGUUGGAGCAGUUGAAGGCCACAGACGAUGUCGACCAGCCACAGCCAGACUAACUCCCCGACGGGGAUCAAGCCCAUCCCGGCGGUCCACGAACUCUCGGUGUCGCGCGACACCCUCGGCACCUGCACCUCCAUCACGGACACCGUGGAACUGGAAGGUUCCACUAACACCUUGGGGAGUAGUGACGUGGACUCGGAGAUGAACGGAGGGAUGGGGGGAGCCAUGGGGGAGGACUGGGAGGGGUCGCUGCUGAAGAAAGUGGACAGAUACGGGUUCAUGGGAGGGAGUCAGUACACAGAGGAUGGUCCCAAUUUGCCCGUGGAAGUGGCGAGGCAGCGUGAGCUGAAGUGGCUGGACAUGCUGAGUCACUGGGACCGCUGGAUGAGCAAGAGGUUCAAAAAGGUGCGGGACAAUGAUAUUUCAGACAGCACCACACAUCCUAUCUGGAGAACUGUAAAGCCCCAUCCGAAGGUGAAACAGCGCUGUAGAAAGGGAAUCCCAGCGUCCCUGCGAGGUCGGGCGUGGCAGUACUUGUCUGGCAGCAAGAAGUACAUGGAAGCCAACCCGGGCAAGUUUGAUGAGAUGGACAAGCUUGCAGGAGACCCAGUAUGGGUUGAGGUGAUAGAGAAGGACUUACACCGACAGUUUCCCUUCCAUGAGAUGUUCUGUGCUCGAGGUGGACAUGGACAGCAGGACUUGUACAGAAUACUGAAGGCUUACAGCAUCUACAACCCUGUAGAUGGCUACUGUCAGGCCCAGGCACCAGUUGCAGCUGUCCUGCUCAUGCACAUGCCUGCAGAGCAAGCCUUCUGGUGUCUCGUCGCCAUCUGUGAAAAGUACAUGAGCGGGUACUACAGUUCAGGACUGGAAGCAGUGCAAAUAGAUGGAAUGGUGCUGAAUGGUCUGCUGAAGAAGGCUGUCCCCAACGCUUACAAACACUUGAAAAAGCUGAAGGUAGAGCCGAUCCUGUACAUGACGGAGUGGUUCAUGUGUCUGUUCUCACGCACCCUGCCGUGGAGCUCCGUCCUCAGGGUCUGGGACAUGUUCCUGUGUGAAGGUGUGAAGGUGAUUUUCAAGGUUGCGAUCGUCCUUCUGAAGAACACGCUGGGCCAGCCCGCGGUGCUGCGGGAGUGCCCCGGGCUGUAUGAGACCAUGGAGAAACUCCGCAACAUUCCACCCGAGGUCAUGCAGGAGGACUUCCUCAGCAGGGAGAUAAUAGAGUUAAAGCUGGGUGAGCAGGAUCUGGCGCGAGAGCAUCACAUACAACUGGAGAAAUGGAGAGCCACCCAUCCCAACGACUCUCUCCCACGGUCACGAGCCAAGGCUGCCAAACAAAACGGCAAAGGUCCAGACGGUCUUGACAACGAGAGUGAAACACAGUCCCUCAGAACUGACAGUGAGUUUGGGAGGAACGAGGAAGGGGCGAUUGGGGGAGGGGAACAAAAUGGAACUCUUGAAAAGGACUCCAAAAAGGGCAAGAAGAAGAAGAAGAAGGACAGUAAAAAAGACAAGAAAGGUGCAAAUGAGGACGUAGAUUCUGUUUCUACAGUAUCUCUUCCUGAGGAGAAUUUGAAAGGAAAGAAGUGGAAAAAGGAGAGCAAAAAGGAAAAGGAAGAGGGAGAACCUCAAGAUGAGAGAAUACCACCUGAAGAUGAAGAAAGACUCCAAGAAGAUGAGAAAUCAAAGUCUAAGAAAGAUAAAAAGAAGGACAAGAAGGGUAAGAAAGAUGAAGAAGUUGUUUCAGUAAACGAGGAGUCACCAGUCCCACAGGACACUCAAACAGUGGAAGAUGGGGCUGCCUCCUUAAAGAAGAAGAAAGAUAAGAAAGACAAGAAACUUAAGAAAGACGCAGACUCUUUGUCACAGGAGGAUCAAGGCUCGGAAGGCGGGAGGUUUUCCCUAAGGAAGAAGAAAGACAAGAAGGCAAAGAAAGGUAAGAAAGACGAAGACUCUGACUCCACAAGAAGUGGCAUGUCCCCAACCCACCAGGAGAACCAAGACUCGGAAGGCGGAAGGUUUUCUUUGAGGAAGAAGAAGGACAAGAAGAAGGAUAAGAAGGCUGAAGACACUGACUCAAGAAGUGGAGCCUCGCCUGUACCUCCUGAGACUGUUCAGGAGGGCAGAUUCUCUCUGAAAAAGAAGAAGAAAGAAAAGAAGGAGGAAGAUUCGGACUCAAGAAGUGGGGCAUCACCUGUACCUCCUCCUGAGACUGUACAGGAGGGAAGAUUCUCUCUGAAAAAGAAGAAGAAAGGAAAGAAGGAGGAAGAUUCGGAUUCAAGAAGCGGGGCGUCACCUGUUCCGUCAGAGGAGCAGGUUCUUGAGGACGGGAAAUUCUCGUUCAAAGGAAAGAAGGAGAAGAAAAGGCGAUGGAGCAAAAAGGACAAGGAGUCGCAAGAGUCGGGUGACCACCUGAGCUAGAGUUGGAGAGUUCUCUUGACUGUUCACAGCACUUGACAUGACAGGAAGUGACAGGUGUCAAUCAUAACAAACGGCCUGGUACUUUUACGGGACCCUAACUGUUGCAUCGAGGGAAAGCCAGUCUAGAGGAGUAGUGAGACAUUAGAGAGAUGAUACUUAAGGUAGAAGGAGCUAAAAUCCUUGACACUUUUAUGGUUUUGUUGAGGAUAAAAACUGUUUUUAGAGGUUAUAGGAACUUUUGGUAGUUUGGGUAGUGUCUGAAUAGUUGUUGUAGAUUAUAUUGGGAUGAAAAAAAUGAACAAAGUCUUGUAAUUCGAUACUUUGGGAAUUUUACGAGGACGUUGCAAUGCUCUACAACGAUCAGGGACACUAAAUGGAGUAUUCCUGGCUUUAACUGUACGGUUUUAGAAUUCUGUGAUGGUUUUGACAUGGGAUUGAACGUUGUUUAGAGGGAAGUUUUGACUCCUGCCAUUUAGUUGUUGUGAAUACUGUGUACAUUAUUAAUACAUUGUAAGUAGUUUGUGAUGGUAAGCGAUCCUAUCUGCAUGUCAUUUUGCAAUGUCUGUUGUAUUUAACGUGGUUUCUACCUACUUGUACCUGAUUUUGUGGCUCUCUCUAUCUGGGAGCUCUUUAACGUCUAUUAACGUCCAAAAAGAGACAAUAGGAAAGCCAUGGCAAUAUGAAAAUUAAUAGUUCUCUGUGAAGCAUUUUGUCCUACAAUAUAAUUGUAGUGUGUAAAAUAUGUAGUAAAACAGGCCUCCAUAGAUUGAGAGUUGUCUUACUAAUGUAAUAACCAUCUCAAUUAAAAGAGCAAAAGAGAUGAAGACCUAGGAUACAGCACAACAGCUAUGACUAGUUGUUUAUUUUCUCAAGUCUGUCACUAAGAGAAAGAUAAUUAUUUUCCAGCCAUUGAUUUAACUUAAGCUCAUGGAUGUAUAACAUUUUAUGCUUCCUUGGUGAGAAGAGUUAGUAAAUCCCUGUAGAAGCUUCAAGUAAAAGAUUUUGGAUGGGCUGUCAGUAACUUUUCUAAUUGACAAGAUCACUGAUUGUAGAAAUGUACAUAGAUGUAAGGGAGUAAAAAAAAUGACCCCGGAUUCUUCCAGUUUGUAAAAAGGGGUGCCCACCGCUGCAGGUAUGGAAGUUUGUUAGCAGUUGUCAAGGGUUAGGGACCAUUUUCUUUGGUUUAGAAAAAGUGUUGCCUCCUUUUUAUUGUCAUGUUUCAGCUUUUUAGCAAAUGUGACAAAUUUGUGUUACUGACUGUACCGGUACUUAGUUCAAUGAAACGACUUGUACGUAUGAAUUUAGAGAUGAUUUAUUUAUUUGCGAUUCUCAGUGAUUUACUUUGCUUUUAUAAACAAAAGUGCAACAAUGCUAACUUGAGCAGAAUGUUAACAUGGUGAAGACCAGUCAGUUUUGACAUGUCUAUUUCAACCUGCGAAUUUUUUUCCAUUUCCCAAAUGAAUUUACAUGACAUACACAUGUACAAUCAAGC